AUCGGUUGUCGACCCUUGGAAGGAUCUCCGACCUCCUCACCUCUAUAAAUACGCUCUCCUCAUCCCAGGCAGAGGCGACGAUUUCAGCAGUUUGAAGCUUUCUUUCUGCACAAUUCGAUCGAUCUCUUCUGUAGAGCUGACCUUCAUUCUUCUGUAAUCAAAGAUGUCGCUCAUCCCUCGUGGUUGGGGUUUUGGAUCGAGCAUCUUCGACCCCUUUUCCCUCGAUCGCUGGGAUCCUUUCGAGGGCUUCCCCUUCAACGCCUCCCUCUCAUCCUUCCCUCGUCCUUCCUUCCCAGGUGAGACCUCCGCCUUCGCCAACGCCCGCAUCGACUGGAAGGAGACCCCGGAGGCCCACGUCUUCAAGGCCGACCUCCCCGGCCUCAAGAAGGAGGAGGUGAAGGUUGAGGUGGAGGAGGGCAACGUCCUCCAGAUCAGCGGCGAGCGGAGCCGGGAGCAGGAGGAGAAGACCGACACCUGGCACCACAUGGAGAGGAGCAGCGGCAAGUUCUUGAGGCGGUUCCGGCUGCCGGAGAACGCGAAGGUGGACCAGGUGAAGGCAGCCAUGGAGAACGGAGUGCUCACCGUGACCGUGCCCAAGGAGGAGGUCAAGAAGCCCGAGGUGAAAUCGAUUGAAAUCUCUGGCUAAACUUUCGAGCUAGAUGAGGUUUAGCGAUGUUUAAUAGCGAGAAGAGUCUGUAUGCAGUAAACUCAUCGUCUGUGAAACGUUUUGGGAGGGUGCGAUGGCUAGUAGUGUUGUAGUAGUCAUGUCUAUGUUUCAAUAAGGUGAUAUUGAUAUCUUGGUUGAUUUCGUAUUUUCUUGUAUUAGAAAUCGCUUCUGUUUAAAAAACCAGGAGCUUAGAGUACUCCAUUAAUGAUAGUGGGGAUAAGUGGGUUGUCUGUGUUGCUUUUCUGGAUCUGGAGAUGACCGCUGAGUUGUGAUUUUCGAAUCAAUUUAGUAAGUGGGAUGGUUUUUUCUUGAUUGUUAGCUGAAUCAAGAAAA